CUUGAUGUUGUGCAACACGCAGUGCUAUGUCGAACUCUACGACAAGAACCCGGAGGAUCCCCCUGAUGAAUGCAGGGACCUCGAUGGAGUCACACACAAGCUGAACGUGGCGUGGAAGACCGAGAACUGUUACACAUGUAGUUGUGACGCGACUGGGAUUCAUUGCUGCAACACUGCUGCCAUCCCCGGAGGUUUUGAUACCACAAAGUGCAAGAAGAUCUUCCACAAGGACAAUUGCAGCUACUCUGUGGUGGAGCUGGAGAACCCAGACAAGGAAUGUCCAGUCAGCUCGUGGAUCCUGUGAAGAGCUAGUGGGCCCAGGUCCUCCCGCGGGCCCGGACAGCCCGAUGUACAGCCCUGCUUAUCAGUAAAGCAUGUGUGGAGCAAU